AUGUGCGUGCGUACCAAAACAUCCUAUGGAUGUGGACACGAGUUCAAGACCACCAAUCAAUGUGACUCGCCUUCCUGUCAACAUUUAGAGAGAUAUCUAUACGAAAAAGGUGGGGAUUGCCGUGCCUGUAAAGAAGGUGGCGAUGCAAUCACCCGUGGCCGAGAAGGAAAAGGUCGCUAUGCUCAAGAAAUCAGUCGACGACACCAGAGGGAAGCGUGGAGUGAAUCGCCAACAGAUGACAACUUUCACCGUACGUCGGACGUUGGUGGUGGAAUCAGUCCUUGGGCGACUCCAUUGAAGCGAGAAAAGGAAUGGCACAGUCCUUCCCGGAAAAAGGCAGACGACGCCUGGUUGCAAGAGCACGUGGAGAGGAGUAUAGAUUUGCAAACUAUCCGAGAGUCUCUCUCAUCAUGUGCUUCUUCCGACCGAGCUUCGACCGCCGUAUAUUCUCCCCAGUGUCGAGAAGGGCGUGUGUACGAGUACGAGGAUGAUUGUCAUCGUGAUCAUGACUACGAGUAUGAUCGCCAUCGUCGACGAGGUACAGCGGACAGAAGUCUGCAGAUCGAAAUCAGGAGCAUCCAUGAUGACUAUGAUCGAAGAAGCCAUCGUCGCCCAACUCAUCAUCGGCGAAGACAUGACAGCCAAGAAAGUUUCGAAAGCAUGCCCAGCACACGUUCAUCGACACGAAAAUACAAGCCCGCUCCGACGACAUACACCGCCCACGAGUAUUAUGAACCUCAUGACUCUGGGUACGGAUCGUAUGGAUCUCGAGCUUCCAAUGGGUAUGGAGGAGCAAAGACCGAACCCUACACCUACUCACCCCUACCGCGCACAGUGAACAUCAAACCCCCUUCGGCGACAUCUUAUGGCGUUUAUCAGACCGGAUUUGGGGUCGGGGGAGUUGACAUUGUCUCUCGGGUUCCAAUGUACUCGUAUCCCCCCCGAAGACAUUGA